AUGAUUGUCUUUGGUUGUGGACAGAACAAUAUCAGUAAUGGUUUCGGGUCCACCGCCGGCAUUCUUGGCUUAGGGAAAGGCACUCACACCUUAGUCUGGCAGACAGCAUACAAAUUUAACCAUAUUUUCUGCUACUGCAUCCCACCCACAUUCAGCACAAAUGGGUACCUCCUCUUUGGUCUAGGAGCUCAGAAAAUUUGCCAACCUGAAAUGUUCAUGCCUCUCGACUCAGCGCCCUGCCCGGCCCCAGACUACAUGCGGGGAUACCCAGAAGCUCCUGAGCUUCCUCCAUUAUUAGACACGUGCUAUGACCUGGAGGAUUGUGAGUACGUGGAACUUCCUCGGAUUGUUAUAAACUUCAAGCGAGCGAACGUAACCUUGGACCCCUCGGGAGUCAUUUGGAGAGAAUCGAACUCGCAAGUUUGCUUGGCUUUUUCAGGAAACACUGAUCAGAAGGAUGACCAAAUCAUAAUUGGCAGCACGCAGCAGAGCAAACUUGAUAUCCUAUAUGAUGUCAAGUCCAAAAGAGUCGGGUUUGGAAGAGGCAGUUGCGGCAUAUGA